AUGGCUAGUCCAGUUCCCUUCAAGAUUGAUGUCCCGGAGGCCAAGAUCAAGCGGCUCAAGCAGAAGCUCGCUCUUACUGACUAUCCGUCUGAAGCUGAUGACGCCGAGUCCUGGCAUCGAGGGCCUCCGCUGAAGGAUGUCAAACGCUUGGCUGCUCGUUGGGAGGACGGUUACGACUGGCGCAAAGCCGAGGCCCAGCUCAAUAGGUUAUCACAAUUCACCACAAAUAUCGACAUCGACAACUUCGGGGCCUUCUCUGUGCAUUUCAUCCACCAGCGCAGCCAUGUCGCAAAUGCCAUCCCGCUGUGUUUCGUUCAUGGAUGGCCAGGCAGCUUCAUCGAGGUCACCAAGAUCAUCCACAAACUCACUCAUCCCGACUCACCCGACCAACCCGCAUUCCACGUGGUAGCUCCAAGCUUGAUCAACUUCGGCUUCUCCUCGGAAUGUAUAAAGCCAGGCUUCAAUGUUACCCAGCACGCCGAGACAUGCCAUAAGCUCAUGCUCCAGCUCGGCUAUGACCAAUACGUGACUCAAGGUGGCGAUCUGGGCUAUUUCACAACGCAUACCAUGGCACGUAUGUACCCUGAUCACCUUAAGGCCAUACACUGCAAUCUCGCUGUACCAGAGAAACCUGAUGCUAAGAAGCAUCCUGAGCUGCAUGCCGAGGUCGAAGCACACACCCUGACCGACCGAGAAAAGCGCGAUUUGGCGCAGACUCGAGACGUCAGCGCGAACUUGAUGGGCUACUAUCGCAUUCAAGAGACCAGGCCGGCCCUAAUCGCCAUUUCGCAUACUGACAGUCCCGUGGGCUUAUUGUCUUGGAUCUAUGAUGUGCUGUAUCACUGGUCCGACCACGACCAUUAUCCUUGGACUGAUGACGAAAUACUCACCUGGGUCUCCAUCUACUACUUUGGCUGCGGGAUCGCGGCGUCAGUUCGCAUCUACUACGAGAGUCGCAAUAUGCCGAAAGACUCGCCUGCUGCCUUGGUCAGAGGCUCACCAGUGAAGCCUCUGAUUGGCAUAGCACACUUUCCUGUCGAGUUGAGCAGCUUUCCGCGUUUGUGGUAUCGCACUAUGGGCAAUGUCGUUCAUCAGAAGGAGUUUGAUGUUGGAGGACAUUUUGCUGCGUAUGAACAACCGGACUUGUUGGUCGGCGACUUGAGAGAGAUGUUUGGACGGAGAGGCGGAGCCGAAGGCUGCGUGCCGGGCAAGAGCGGGUAUGAUGGCGCAGACAGUGGCAGUGGAGUGCAGUAA